CAUCGACAAGCGUCAAGCAUUGAAGCGUCAUCGCAGCGGAUUGUCAUUAAUUCGGAUUGUUAAAUUUGUUAUCCAACUAUCCGUUCCUUGUGUUCUCCAUCGUUGACACACUCUAGAAAAAAGACGCCGAUGUGGAUCUUCAUCGGUUGACGUUUCAGCUGUACCUUUUUUCUCUAUCAGCGACCUCCAUAGUGAAGAGACUGUUCAAACAUCAACAUGUAUCUAAAAACAUGGAAAGAAUUUGAGACCGCCUCAUACAAUUUACUCCUUAAAGAUCCGACCAGGGUCAGAUGCACUAUGAAAUAUUGUCAUACUGAAGCAAUUGUCCAAUUAAAAGUUACAGAUGAUAUUUCGUGCUUGCAGUUUAAAACUUCAGAUAUACAAAAUGUAAAGAAAAUCGAAGUAUUUUAUGCUACAAUUAUGAAACAAAUAACAUCCAAUGAGCUUUGAAAAUUGAAUCAAAAAAUAUUUAUUUUAAUUGUGAAAGUAUUUAAAAUGUAURAUUAUCAAAAUACUUAUUGUUUUAACAUCAAAAUAUACGAAAAAAAGUAUAUAAAUCAUAAAAUGUAAGAACAUUCCAAACGAAAACACUUGAUACCAUAUUAGAUAUUAUGUUGCCUUAUUAUUUGAUGAUGUAAUAAUUUUGAGUUAUUAUUCGAGCUAGGAAUUUGAUACUUUUAAAAACAGCAACAUUGUGCUCAAAAUAAAAUGAUUCAAUUUGUAAUUUUGUUGUCAUAAUGAAAUUAAAAAAUGUAUUUUAAAUUAGAUUUAUAUUCAAAUGCUUUGUAAAUACUAACUUCAUUUCACUGAUUUUGAAUGAAUAAUACAAACAUUUAUAAAUAA